CUUCCCUCUUUUUCACUUUUGUUUAUUUUAAAAAUUCAACUUUAUAAAAAAUUUUCUAAAUCAUGGCUACGCGCAGGCUCAGCAUAUAUCCGAACAGCCAAAGCUUCGAUGACAAUCUCUUUGAGAUGCAGCGCAACCUCUCCUCUUUAUCCAAAAACCUCAGCCAUCUCAACACUAUCAACAACAACCUACUGACCUUCAACAAAAGCUUUGCCACCUUCCUCCAGGGCCUUCACCUUAACAGUGAAUGCCUAGAGUUUCCCGAAGCACCCAAUGAAGCUACACAUGCUUUGGCUCAACGGCCCAUGACGCCGCCACCAUUGGCCGUAAUGGAAUCUGCCGCUGCUGAGACAUCUGCCCUUUCCGCCAGCAAACGCCACCAGGCAACAGUUGUUUCUGCGGAAAAGCCCAGGAAACGGGUGGUUAUUAAAACCUCCUCUACUGGACCAGCGGUGAAACGCCGGAAACCAGUGUUUCAGACACGGAGGAUUACGGAUUUGCUGCCUUCAAGGUUCAAGGAACAGCCGCAUAAAGGUGCGAUCGAACAGGUACUGAAGGAGCUGAAUAUGAAUCGCGACGGCAUGUAUGCCCAUGAGAUUGUCAGGGAUGUUGGCGGCGCAAUGACAAGGAACAAAUGUAUGGAUUAUAUGAACGCUUUGGUGCUGACUGAAGCUUCCUACGCUGGGGACAUUAUGGCCAGCAGAAACAGCUACAGCAACGCACGCAUAUCUUGCGCACCCAACACCACCACACACACCGCUACCGGUGCCGAAUCAUCGCAAACACUCCCAAGCUACGGCAUCUACGGUAUCCGAGGCAACCCCAUUCCCAGCAACGAAACCAGCCUUGCAGGCAGCGCGCAGCUCCAAAAAUCGCCAACCGAACAAAUAUCCAACAGCACCACAGGCAACUUCAACACCGGCAUAAUAUUUUCCGAAAAACCACUCCCUUCUCAUGAGACCAUCGAGGAUUUAGAGACCACGCGCACGAGACAACUCUGGGUGGUUUUCACAUGGCUGGUGACGUGGUGGAUCCCCUCGCCUUUUCUCAACUGGUGCGGUCGCAUGAAAAGGCCGGAUGUGCGGAUGGCGUGGCGGGAGAAAGUGGCAAUUUGCAUUGUUAUUUUCUUCAUCUGGAGCAUCCUCCUUUUUGUCAUCAUCGGCCUAGGCCUUCUAUUGUGUCCGAAGGAGUAUGUUUGGACAAUGGACGAGGUGGCUGGACGCACGUCGCCCAGGGACGCAUAUGUGGCAAUGCGCGGUCGCGUCUACGAUAUCGCUGAGUUCGUCAAUCAGAAACACGGUCUAAAGUCGUUUGAAGCAAGCAAGGAGUUGAUGCUUAUGUUUGCCGGCCAGGACAUUAAUGCGUCGUUUCCGGUGUCCGUGCGCAUGGCGUGUCCGUCCCUGGUGUCAAAAAAGGACGACCCCAAGUACGGCAUGUACCUGACUAUGGCUGACGCCACCGUAUUGCAGGCGUUUCCGUUUACACAUAAGGUCGGCGCGCUGUCCAGCUCCAAGGAGAUGAGCGAUCCGUCGUUUUACGGCAAGUAUGUUGUCCCGACAAUGAACAAGUUCAAGAAGGGCGAUGUUGUCUGGGAUUACGACUGGAUCAAUAGCAUGCAUGUUGACCAGGGCAAGUACUGGCGCGUGAUCAACAAGGAAGUGUUCAACCUGGAGGACUACUUUGCUACCAUAGACUACCCCGGCAACACGGACAAAAAGUGGCAGUUCCUGAAUAACCAUAUAGUUAAUAUCUUUGACGACAAGGGCUCGGGCAGCACGGAUAUCACCAAGGAGUGGAGCGAUAUUCCCUGGGACGUCCAGGACCGGCUGGCCAACUACAACUGCAUGAAAAACCUGUUUUAUGUCGGCAGAGUCGACGACCGCCAGAGCGUCCGCUGCCUGUUUACCAACUACAUGCUGCUUGCAUUUGCCUGUGUGCUGAUGACCAUUGUUUUGGUCAAGUUUCUUGCCGCCAUGCAGUUUGGUGCGAAGAACAGACCGCUGACGCCGAACAAGUUUGUUGUUUGCCAGGUGCCCUGCUACACUGAGGACGAUGCCAGUUUAGUCAAGACUAUUGACUCGCUAGCGGGAUUGGAAUAUGACGACAAGCACAAGCUGAUUUUUGUCAUUUGCGAUGGCAACAUUGUCGGCUCCGGCAACGAAAAGUCGACGCCGCGCAUUGUGCUGGAUAUUCUGGGCGUUGAUCCUGAGUACGAUCCACCGGGCCGCGAUUACCUUGCCAUUGCCGAGGGCUCACGCCGGCACAACAUUGGCAAGGUGUACUCUGGCCUGUACGAGUUUGAGGGCCACGUCGUGCCCUUUAUGGUUGUGGUUAAGGUUGGCACGCCCGACGAGUCCAACCGCUCUGGUAAUCGCGGCAAGCGCGACUCGCAGAUCCUGCUCAUGUCGUUCUUCAACAAGGUACACUUUGACCUGCCGAUGACGCCACUGGAGCUCGAGAUCUACCACCAGAUGCGCCAUAUCAUCGGAAUCAACCCGCGCGACUUUGAAUAUCUGCUGCAAGUUGACGCCGACACAGAGGUAAUGCCCGACUCGCUGUCACGCCUGAUUGCUGCCUGCUCGUCGGACCAGCGCAUUGCGGGAAUCUGUGGCGAGACCAUGCUGGGCAACGAGAGCAAGAGCUGGACAACAAUGAUGCAGGUAUACGAGUACUUUAUCUCCCACCACAUGGCUAAGGCCUUUGAGUCGCUUUUUGGCUCUGUCACCUGCCUGCCUGGGUGCUUCUGCAUGUACCGCAUGCGCAGUGCCGAGGGCAAGCCACUGCUUAUUGCCAAGCCUGUACUCGAGGCGUACUCCGAGCUGCAUGUCGACACGCUGCACAAGAAAAACCUUUUGUCGCUCGGUGAGGAUCGCUACCUGACCACGCUGAUGAUGAAGCACUUCCCGCAGUUCAAGUACAAGUUUAUCCACGAUGCAAAGUGCAAGACCAUUGCACCCGAGAAAUGGUCCGUAUUGAUGUCGCAGCGCCGCCGCUGGAUCAACUCGACCAUCCACAAUCUGGCUGAGCUGAUGUUCUUGCAGGACAUGUGCGGAUUCUGCUUCUUUUCGAUGCGCUUUGUCGUGUUCCUCGAUCUCUUUGGUACCAUUACGAUGCCGACGACAAUAUUCUACUUUGCGUAUUUGAUUUACGUCUCGAUUACCGGCCUCGCUGACGUCGGCUACAUCUCCUUGAUUCUCAUCGGUGCCAUCUAUGGCGCGCAGGCUGUAAUAUUUAUUAUGCGCCGCGAGUGGCAGCAUGUCGGCUGGAUGCUUAUUUACUUAUUCACUUUCCCGCUGUGGUCAUUCAUCCUGCCAAUCUACUCGUUCUGGCACAUGGAUGACUUCUCGUGGGGCAACACGCGUGUUGUGGUUGGCGACGGCAAACGCAAGCUCAUUGUUGAGGACGACAAGCCGUUCAACCCCGACUCUAUCCCGCAGCGCUGCUGGAUGGACUAUGAGGUAGAGCUCGCAUCUGCGGGUGUGUUGAAUGCCCCGCCGCCCAAUAUGAAUCACAAUGCAACAUCCGUUAACAACGACGAUGACAACGUCACCGUGUACACUAGACAGUCCGUGGCCAUGAUGAACCAUCUGCGGAUGAGCAGCGUCUACGGGCUUCAAAACCCGCUGUCGAUGAUCGGAUCGAUGGGCCCGUCCGCUGACCAGUACUUGGGAUCCAGACCAGUGACCCCGUCCGGCGCAAUAGCAGGCGGCCCUAGUAGCCAAAGAUACUCGAUGGGCACGGCGAUAUCCAACCCGGCAAAUAUGUUUAUGCCGUACAAUAUGCAGACAAUAAACCAGUCCGUGUCGGCAUUCCAGCAUCCUGAGGCAGCUGCCAUGGGCGCAAGAAACAGCUCUGUUUCUGUCUAUGCGCUCGACAACAGAUUGUCAAUGGCGACCGGUAUGGCUGGCAGACCGUACACAACCAUCUCAGCGCCGGGUUCGGCGCAAAUUUCAGGAGCGUCCAUAGGCCAACUGGAAUCUCCUGAAUAUGCCGCCGCCGUUGCUGCUGUUGGAAUAGCCAUGGGCGGAAUCGUGCCGGAUAUGAUUCAGCGGCCAAUGUCCUUGUACCCCGCUGUGCCCUCAAUGACUGUGGCGGAUAUCCAGCAGCAGAUGCACUUCAGUGGCCUGCCCUCGGAUGCGCAGCUAAUCGAUUCUAUUGGUCGUAUUUUGGCUGCUUCGGACCUGACUGCGAUGACGAAAAAGAAGGUUCGGCAUCAGCUUGCGCUGGAGUUUGGCGUGGAUCUGAUCAACCGAAAGGACUUUAUCAGCGACGUCGUUGACCGCAUGCUCUCUGGCGUCAUUUGAUUUUUUUGUCUCCAUUUC